AUGAAAGCGAGCCACAGAUAUGAACUCGAACAGACUCAUCAACGCAAUAGCGAACGUGGCGGGAUUCAAAACGCUGAUCCUGAGGUCGUUGAAUACCAAGGACAUAUAUUCGCUUAG